UGCAGAAGAGAGAACAGAGAAAUUGGUCGAACGAGAACGAAGGAACACGAAGAAGAUCGAAGGAGAACGAAGGCCAUGACAAGAGUGAGCGAUUCUCAUGAAUCUUCGACAAGCACUUGUAGUGAUGGCACUGUUCGAAGAACCUACUACUGUAAUUGUGGGGUUUUGUCUCCUUUGAGGACUUCGUGGACACCAGAUAACAUGGGUCGAAGAUUCUACGGCUGUGGCCAAUACCAGGGUAGGGAAAGGAAAUGUGGAUUCUUCAAAUGGCAUGAUCCUCCUAUGAAUACACGCCAGAAUGUGAUGAUUUCUGGGUUGCUGAAGCAGAUUGAAGUCUUCAAGAAGAAAAAGAUCUUCUUAGUUAGGUGUUUUGGGUUGUGUGUUGUAGUCAUUGUACUGUUGAUCAUUGUGAUUGCUAUCAUGGUUAUCAAAGCUUGAUUGGGGGAACUGUGAGUAAGACUUAUGCUGGUAGUUUUAGGAGUUUGGAUUGUCUUGUAUGUUAAGGCUAGCUUGGCAGCCAUUUGUAA